UUCCGGCUUCCUGGUAGGUGGACUUGGGCGCUUUGCUCUCUGCCUCUCACCGCGGCUUGUAUUUUGCUUAGCGACAGACCCAUGGCCGAGCGUGGGGAACUUGACCUGACCGGCGCCAAACAGAACACCGGAGUGUGGCUGGUCAAGGUUCCUAAAUAUUUGUCACAGCAAUGGGCUAAAGCCCCUGGAAGAGGUGAAGUUGGGAAACUACGGAUUGCAAAGAAUCAAGGAAGGACCGAGGUGUCGUUCACUUUAAAUGAGGAUCUUGCAAAUAUUCAUGAUAUUGGCGGAAAACCAGCUUCAGUCAGUGCCCCUAGAGAACAUCCUUUUGUCUUGCAAAGUGUCGGAGGACAAACAUUAACAGUAUUUACUGAGAGCUCAUCAGAUAAGCUUUCAUUGGAAGGAAUAGUGGUACAAAGAGCAGAAUGCCGACCAGCUGCAAGUGAAAACUACAUGAGGUUAAAAAGAUUGCAAAUAGAAGAAUCUUCUAAACCUGUAAGGCUAUCACAACAACUGGACAAACUUGUGACAACCAAUUACAGACCUGUUGCCAAUCAUCAAUACAAUAUUGAAUAUGAAAGGAAAAAGAAAGAAGAUGGAAAACGAGCUCGAGCUGAUAAGCAGUAUGUUUUAGACAUGCUAUUUUCGGCUUUUGAGAAACAUCAGUAUUAUAACCUUAAGGAUUUGGUGGACAUCACAAAACAGCCUGUGGGCUACCUGAAGGAAAUCUUAAAAGAAAUUGGUAUUCAAAAUGUAAAAGGAAUCCACAAAAACACAUGGGAGCUGAAACCAGAAUAUAGACACUAUCAAGGAGAAGAAAAGAGUGAUUAAGAAGACUCUAAGCCAGCAUGCUAACAGAACUCAAGGGUGAUGUGUUAAACAUACUGCGUUGAUACUUGAGCACUUGAGCACCAUCUGUUACAGGGGUAAAAUGACUGAUACUAUGAUUUCUCUAGGUAAAUUUUUUAAACAAUAAUUCUUGAAAAGUUACUUGUUUUUUUAAGAAAUAACAAAUUUAUUUAUAGACUUAACUUGUAUUAAAUCAGAUUAUUCAUGUGAGGAUAAGAUGUUAUGUAAUUAAAGCAAAUCAAGGAAAUAACUAUCCACUGAGAUAAAUAUUUUUCUGUAUUAUUUGAUUUUUUUAAACAUCAGAACACCAGAAUUCUGAGGGUGAGUGCCACUGCACUAAGAAAAUUUUUAUCCUUGCAUUCUCACUGUGAAAUAAAUCUGGAUUAAGGAA